AUGGGAGGAGGGGAAGAGGUGAAGAAAGAGGUCAACAUGUCACAGUUGGCUGGUGUUCAGUUUCAUCUCUCCAAUGAAGGAAAGGAAGUACCUCUGUCCUCCAUUGAAGGGAAGACGACCUGCCUCUUCUUCUCAGCUCACUGGUGCAGGCCAUGCAGGAACUUCACCCCAAAUCUUGUCCAGAUCUACACGGCGCUCCAGAACACUGGCAAGAAUAUUGAAAUAAUCUUCAUAUCACUGGACCGUGACGACGCAAGCUUCUGGGAUCACUUCAAAGGCAUGCAGUGGCUUGCGUUACCAUUUGACACUGGCUUAAGGCAGAAGUUUGGGGUGGGAUUUGAAGAGGAUGCAGUGAAGCUGGUUGACGAGUAUGGAGAAGAUGCAUACCCCUUCAGUGCACAGAGGAGAAGGGAGCUGGAGGCCAUGGAUGAUGCCAGGAGAAAAGGAGGUAAGCUUCAGGAGCUUCUCGGCUGCAAGGAGAGAGACUAUGUCAUAAGUGCAGAUGACAUAAAGAUUCCUAUAGCUGACCUUACUGGCAAGACAGUCAGCCUGUAUUUUGGAGCACAUUGGUGCCCACUAUUGCCAUGUCUUCACCAAACAACUCAAGGAGACCGCAAUAAGGGGGAAUUCCAAGCAAGCAUGAGUUCAAUGCCAUGGCUUGCCAUCCCUUAUUCUGACACUGCCAGGCAAAAGCUUACAAGAAUCUUCACUGUCAAGGGCAUCCCAGGACUCCUGAUACUUGGUUUGGAUGGUAAAGUUAGAUGGCAGGACAGCAAUAUCAACUUAUGGUGCAACAGCAUUCCCAUUCACGGAAUCUAG